CAACAUUCUUCACAACCUGUUGACUUCUACACAAUGAAUCAUUCACUAAUUUAAUGAAUGAUGGAUCUAAUGGAGAUUUGAAUUGUAAAGUAUUGUGGAGAAAUGGUUGCGUUAUUUUUGAGAUUACGGUCAAGGACUACAAUGGAGGCUAUUGUUCGUCGUUGCCCGUUCCUUUCACGUGUAUCUCAAACUUUUCUUCAAAAGGCUGGCAAGUCAUUGAUCUAUUAUGCACAACAUUGCCCUAUUAUGAUGAUGAAGGCAGGAGCCAAGCCGGCAGUACGUGCAGUGGCAACCUCUGCUGCUCACUGUCAACAGACCAAAGAAACCACACCAGUGAAUGAGAAACCCACUGCUUUGACUUCAGCUCCAGGUGCUCUAGGACCUCAGCUCCCUCCAGGACAUCCAGUCCCGAGUGCUGCACAGGCUGCUGCUUCUAAAUGUCCAUUCCUUGCUGCUGAGAUGAGCCAGGGCAAGAGCACUGUCGUGCGUAAAGCCAGUGUGGAACUGUCGGAGGAUGUGCAGCAGAUGCACACAAUGAGGAAGGAGAUAUUGGUGACAUCUGUAAAUCCAACUGCUGAAAACAUCAAAAAUACAGGUGGACGUGCUAAAAAUGGCCUGUUGAAAAAUUUGCAUGGGGUGCUGAAGCAAAAGCCCUCAGUUUCCCAUUUAAUUCAGGACAAUAUGCCAAAGUCAGUUUCAGCCUUCAAGUAUGAUGGCUUUUUUGAAAAAAAGAUUGAUGAAAAGAAAAUGGAUCACACCUACCGUGUUUUCAAAACUGUGAAUCGCCGUGCUGAUGUUUUUCCAAUGGCAGACGACUACUCUGAUUCUGUGAGUGUCAAGAAAGAGGUCUUUGUGUGGUGCAGCAACGAUUACCUUGGGAUGAGCCGCCAUCCACGUAUUGUGGGGUCUAUAAUGGAUACCCUUCGGUGCCAUGGUGCUGGAGCUGGUGGAACCAGAAACAUUUCUGGAACGAGCAAGUAUCAUGUUGAUUUGGAGAAUGAAUUAGCUGAUCUCCAUGGCAAAGAUGCAGCACUGCUGUUUUCAUCAUGCUUUGUAGCAAAUGAUUCCACCUUGUUUACAUUGGCCAAAAUGCUCCCAGGAUGUGAAAUCUACUCUGAUGCUGGAAACCAUGCCUCCAUGAUUCAAGGGAUCCGCAACAGCAGAGCUCCAAAGUUUAUAUUUCGUCACAAUGAUGUUAACCACCUGCGAGAACUGUUGAAGACGUCUAACCCAGCCACCCCAAAGAUUGUAGCUUUUGAAACGGUCCAUUCAAUGGAUGGUGCUGUUUGUCCUUUGGAGGAGAUGUGUGAUGUCGCACAUGAAUAUGGUGCAAUAACCUUCGUUGAUGAAGUCCAUGCUGUUGGUCUAUAUGGUCCUUGUGGUGGAGGGAUAGGAGAUCGGGAUGGAAUCAUGCAUAAAAUGGAUAUAAUAUCUGGAACACUGGGAAAGGCCUUUGGUUGUGUUGGAGGCUAUAUUGCCAGUACUGCAGCCCUCGUUGACACCGUCCGGUCAUAUGCCACUGGCUUCAUCUUUACUACCUCGCUUCCUCCAAUGUUACUCUCUGGUGCUUUGCAGUCUGUCCAAAUCUUGAAAAGUGAGGAAGGAAGAGCCCUGCGCCGCAGGCACCAACGCAAUGUAAAGCACAUGCGUCAGUUACUCAUGGAUGCUGGUUUACCUGUGGUGCACUGUCCCAGUCACAUCAUUCCAGUCAGAGUUGCAAAUGCAGCUAAAAACACUCAGAUCUGCGAUGAGCUGUUAAGCAAAUAUAACAUUUACGUCCAAGCUAUCAACUACCCCACUGUGGCACGUGGUGAGGAGCUCCUACGUAUUGCUCCAACUCCCCAUCACACCCCUGAGAUGAUGAAUUACUUUGUCGAUAAACUGUUGAUUACAUGGAAAAAUGUUGAAUUGGAGUUGAAGGCCCAUUCCUCGGCUGAAUGUAACUUCUGCAGAAGACCUCUACAUUUUGAGAUUAUGAGUGAGAGGGAAAGGUCUUACUUCAAUGGAAUGAGUAACCUGAUAUCUGUGAAUGCCUAAUAUCUGGAUGUGUCUCUCUCUGGAUUAUCCUUGUAUUAGAGUUUAAAGACAAACAAUAUAGUAUGUUUUAUAGAAACUAAUUCCAUAUUUAAUAAGACUAUUUCUGUAGUACACAGAAAAAUCCAAAUAAAAAAAUGUACCAAUA